AUGGGACAAGAUUCAGAACCAACGAAAAGUUUGCGAAGAAAUCCAGGCGGAUCCUUCGUCAGAUGGGUCAACGUCGACAUGAAUGAGGAUCCGCCCAACUUUUCUUCUCCAAACGAACGGCAUGUGUGCGGUUUAACUACUUAGUUUCAAAACAAAUUUUCAUCAUUUUGACCGUUUCUAAGAAUAUCAAAAAUCAAAAAAUCGCGUGAAACGUCUUGGAAUUGUGAAAAGGUUCAAUAGUAAGUUUUCAGAUAUUUAUUUACCCUUAGUUUGUUCGUUGUCCAACCAUCACAACCCAUUAGUAGAAGCCUGAAAAGGUUUUGUUGUGUGUAAAAAAAUUAAGGCUUGAAAGUUAAAGUGAGAAGUUGAAAGUUUCUGCUCAAUUUUUUUUUGGGUUUGUCAGGCAAAAAAGUUAUAGAAACACACUUUGUAGUUGCUACCGAUUUUUUCAGAGUCAGAGUCAAUUUUUUCAAGAUUUUUUUUCAUUUUUCACUUUUGCCUCUUAAAAGAAUUAUUUAGGGUUUCAAACACAAAGCAAUAGGAGAUCCGUAAACAAGAAAAACCCUUGAUUAAUCAAGAAAUCAAAUAAACAAACCAGCACCUUUUUGCUUCUUUCCCUGUCUCCUUGCCCCAGAAAGCCCAAUUCGAGGAAAAAACGGAAAUCAGGACUUCCGAAGUUUCCAGAGAGUUGCUUUUGCUGCACGAGUCUUAUCGAACCCACGAGGACGGCAAAGCGUGCACGUCGAUCCGCGAUGCCGUCGCGAACGAUCCUUAUUCCUACUGCGGACGGCGUCUUCACGUCGCCGUUCGUUGUGUCCGACGUCGUCUCCUCUAAUCGUCGCAAUUUUCAGCUUCUGACCAAAAUGAUCAGCAUAGCUGUCUUGCCUUAUUACCUGUUCAUCGUGAUAUUCAUCUCAUUCUGUGGAAACGCCACGUGUGUCAUGUUUGCUGUGAUUAUUCUUGGUGAGCCUUUUUUUUCAUGAAAAUCAGAUGGUCUGCUCCAAAACGCUUUGAGAGGCCUUCUCAGACGCUAACUUUUAAUAUUGAAAAUUAUGAAGAAGCUUGUUCCGUCUUGGUUAUAAAAAAAGUAAUUUUGUCGAUGAUUUGAAAAUGUUUUAAAAACCAGGCUGUCCCACUUCAAUAUUUGAUAGAAAUUCUUGAUCUUAAGUUUUGACUGACAGCACAAAAAAACGAGAAAACGAGCUUCGCUUUGUGAAUAGCUGACGGAAAUUAAAGAGUUGAGACUUGGAAAAACUACAAAAGCUUCUGGAAUUUUCUGAAUUUUAUAAAUUUUGAAAUUACCAAAUCAAGAUCUGAUUUUGGAUUUGACGCGUUUUAGAAUCACAGUAGGUGUUCACAAACGGAUUGUCACUCUUGCGAAAUUUUCCGAUUUCUGAACUUUGUUUUUCAGGAUCUGUAUCAAUAUUUACCGUUUAUGGCGCCUUCAACGGAGCAAAAAAAUGUGCCUUAUUCCCUUCCUAAUACUUCAAGUGAGCUAUCAUAAUUUUCUUUAAAAAAAUUUGCGAGAGAUUUUUGGGAGAAUGAUGAAUCUAGUUGAAAUGGCAUUUUUAAGGUAGUAUUUUUCGCGUAUGACUUGGUGCUGGUUGCACUUUUCCUGUUCGCUGUGAUACACCCAAACUGCUUCCUGUCGUCUUUAAUUCACUCUCCACUCGUAGAUGUUCCAGUGAAUGCCGACCACGGUAAAGUUUUAUUUUAUUCCCUCACGCAAUUACUUAUAAGAUCUUUGAACUCUUAAUAGAAGCAAAAUGGUUUAUCUUAUAUGUAAGAAGGCCGUUUCAUUUUUUCAGAGGAAGCUUCUGAAAAAUGACCAAAACAAUCUUCAAAGUACAAGGAAAAAAUCUUGAAAUUUUCACUUUGCACAGAUUUACAGUUAUUGAAAAAAAAAAUAUCUUAGAGUCAAAGAAAACUAUCGAUUCCUUCGAAAAAGGCUAUCCUUGUGUUUAAAUCCUCAUUUUUUCAAAAAUUAAGAAGUUUUUUAGGCUGAGACUUUUGGAGUUCUCUUUUAUUUUAAGGAGUGUUCUCACCAAACUUUAAACAAUUUGCAACCACAAAAGAAAAUGCCCAUUCCUGUAAGCUAUGAUCUCUGUUCAUUUUUGGCGAGUUUCCUUUUCUCUACUGGUUGACUUUCAGCGUUAUUAUGCGGUUGCUUGCUUCUCGUUCUACUUCUGGCUCCUUUGAUAUGGACCACACAUGUUGUCUACAUCGACUUUCUCUUCAUCUCUCAAAUUGAUGAAGCUCUUCAUCUUUUGAAAGAGGUCAAAAACAUUUCCACACUACAAAAAAAAAAUGAGAGCCUUCAAAUAGGAUAGAACUUUUUUUUCAGGCAAAUCAAAAAAUAUCUCAGGACGAGAUGUCGCCAAGCCGCAUGAAUUUCUGA